AUGUCCUCCGGCCGUCCUCGCUGGGUUGUAGUCGACGAUACCAACACCGACAUCGUUUACACCGGUUCCUCGUGGUUUCAAGACACUGGUAGUCAAGAUUCAGCGGGCAAUUUCGGGCCGGCGUAUCGCAGCACGUUGCAUGGGACGAAGGCGAAUGCGAGUCUUUCAUACUCCUUCAGCGGUUCUCGGGUUAGAGUUUGGGGUACGAACAACAUACGGAACGACAGCGGGGUGAUAGAUCCAAAGUGGGAGUGCUUCAUCGACCAGAUCAGUAUCGGCGCCACGAGUACAUUCGCGUUUGCCGAGAACAAUUGGCUCUUUUGCGAGCAUAACGGGUUGGUCGAUGGGCCGCAUGUGUUGACGGUCAACGCGACUGUAAACCGCGAGCAGACGUUCUGGUUCGAUGCCAUUCACUAUGUUCCCUCUCCAAGCGCCUCUCUGGACAAAGCGGAAAUUCUGCUGGACAACCGGGAUCCUUCCCUGGGAUAUGGGCCUCAGUGGCAGUCAUUGGGUAGUACGGCCAAUAUGACGACUCGUCAGGGCUCGAAUUUCGACCUUGAUUUCUACGGCGUUUCAUUAAGCUGGUACGGCUUUAUCCCAACGGAACUGCCUCACGAUGCCACGACGGCUACAUACUCCGUGGACGGGGAAACGCCAGUCAAUUUCUUGCUGAAGGGCCUGCCAGCGGACAACACCGUUACAAUAUAUAAUCAAAAAUUCUUCGAAACGAAAACCUAUCCGGCUGGGCCACAUCAUCUUUCUGUGAUCUACCAGGGCAAUGGCCAAACCACACCACUCACACUCACUCAUCUUGUCAUUCAGAAUGGCACAGCAUCAUCCACGACGACGUCUGCAGGAUCUUCAGGUACCAGUGGAGCAGGAAACAGCGGGAAUCUGAGUGGAAACGGAGGGAACGACGGAGAGAGCUCGACUAACGUCGGCGCCAUCGCUGGAGGAGUGAUCGGCGGUCUGGUUCUGAUCUUACUCGCCGUCCUCGCUUUCGUUUUCCUUCGCCGCCGAGACCAGCGGCGCAGAAGAGAUCUCGACCUGCAGGAAGAUGCUCCGCACAUGGUCGAGCCAUUCAGCUAUGCCCCUGUCAACCCCGGACUCCCUCCAAAUCACCUUUACCCAUCAUCCAACAACCUCUCAUACCCAUCUGGCCACCUAACCUACCCAUCUAUCAACCCUUCCUACACUCAACAAUAUCCGCAGACGGCGCAAACCGGCACCGGGUUCGCGACGAGCUAUGGCAGCGGACACCAAGCAUCGACGAGCUACAGCAACUCGGAGAUGCAGUCAGUGAUUGCAUCGAGCUCGUCGGGUGCUGGCGCGACGACCGGGCACAAUCCCAGGUCGACGAAGGCGCAGCGAGAGGCGGAGGCGACCGCCGCGGCGAUGCGGGUGUCGAACAGGAGCGGUCAGCUUGGACCUGGGCGCCCAAUGUCGCCGCCGCUUAGUGACGUGUCGGCGAAUUCGCGGAUUAUUAUGCAUGAGGACAGUGGGCUACGGUUGCCUGAGGCGGACGCGCCGGUGGUGGAGGUGCCGCCAAGAUAUACCCCAGGUUAG